UUAGGCCUACCAGAAGAAAAAUGCACCUUACCCUACUGAAUAUUCUGCUGAUCCAAACACGCAAGAUGGCAAUCGUUAUGACUACAUCACCCGAGAGCGCUUGCCAACACGAGAACCAUCACGACCAACCGAGCGUGCCCAAAGUAUGCCAAGAUACCCAGCCUAUCGACAUAUCCCGCAUGAAUCGUCUGAUUCGUUGCCAUCUGACGUUUGCACGAUGCGCGAAUAUGUGCCAUCACCUCCGGGAACAUCGACCAUACCGCAUUCGUCCAAGUUUCAUGGAGGUGUUGAAGAAACAGAUAAAGUUUAUGAGCCACAGCAAAUGCUUUUCAUGAUGCCAAUGCAAAUGAGUGCCCCCAACGGCCAGAUGAUGCCCGUUCUAAUGACACCAGGGGUGAUGACGUCGUCUGUAGGACCGAAUAUGAUGUAUUGCAUGACCCCAGCUCGUCAAACAGCCUCAGCGACAAGGCAACGGUUAGUUAUAUCCAUUUUACCACAGAGAAAUGACGGUAGCGGUUAG